AAUCUUAAAACAAAUUAAACAAGCUUCUCGGUGAAGAGGAAAGCAAAGAUAAUUUUUUAAUGGCAGUCGACGGUGACUCUCCUCCGCAUUACAAUGACGACUGUUCAACGUCUCCUUUCAGGAAAUCUCCAUGGUCGUCUCACGAAUCCACUCAUUUAUAUGCUUCGGCUGUUGAAGACACCAACAACGUCACUCCUAACGUGCUCAUGGGUUCGUUGGUACGUGAAGAAGGGCAUAUAUAUUCCUUGGCUGCCUCUGGGGAUUUGUUAUACACGGGUUCCCAUAGCAAGAACAUUAGAGUUUGGAGGAACCAGAAGGAGUUUUCUGGGUUUAAAUCCAACAGUGGAUUGGUUAAAACCAUAGUCAUUGCUGGAGAGAAGAUCUUUACCGGUCAUCAAGAUGGGAAGAUUCGGGUUUGGAAGAUUGCUAACAAAAACUCAGGUGUUCAUAAACGAGUUGGUACAUUACCAGCUUUUAAAGAUUAUUUAAUAAGCUCCAUGAAGCCAAGUAGUUAUGUUGAAGUGAACAGCAAUCGUAAGGCUAUAUGGCUCAAACACAUCGAUGCUAUAUCUUGCCUUAGUUUGAAUGAAGAUAAAACGUUGCUUUACUCGGCUUCUUGGGAUAAAACAUUCAAAGUUUGGAGAGUUUUGGAUUCGAAAUGCUUGGAAUCCGUUCAAUCCCACGAUGAUGCAGUGAAUUCCAUUGUUGCAGGCUUCGAUGGGUUAGUGUUUACAGGCUCAGCUGAUGGAACGGUCAAGAUUUGGAGCAGAGAGUUACAAGAGAAAGGAACCAAGCAUAUCUUUUCACAGACAUUGCUGAAACAAGAAUGUGCGGUUACGGCAUUGGCCUUGGACCUUGUUGCUACAAUGGUUUACUGCGGGUCAUCGGAUGGAGUGGUUAACUUUUGGGAAGGUGACAACCAUCUCUUCCACGGUGGUGCUUUGAGAGGGCACAAACUGGCUGUUCUUUGCUUGGUAACAGCAGGGAACCUUGUGAUCAGUGGAUCAGCUGAUAUGGGGAUUACCGUAUGGAAAAGAUCAGGGGGUGAGCAUUUCUGCUUGUCCAUGUUAGACGGCCAUGCCGGUCCCGUUAAGUGCUUGGCAAUAGAAAGAGAUCCUGAUGAAUCAAUCCCUGGUCAAGAGCGGUGGAUUCUUUACAGUGGUAGCCUAGAUAAGUCGGUCAAGAUGUGGCGCAUAUCGGAACGAGCCCCGCCGAUGACACAAUGGCGGCAACAGUCUUACUCAUCAUCGAACACCAAACAUCUACCGGCCACAUUGCCAGCGAAUCCCGCUUUCUCUUCCCAAGGCGGAGUUGGCCAAAUAAAGGAAUAGUGGAUUCUAAGGACUUGAUUUGGUUGUUAGGUUUUCAAAGAUAAUAGGCAUUUAAUUAAGAU